AUGGGAACAAAUACCGAGGGAAUAAAGGUGCAGCGGUCCGUACACGAUCCCAGCAAUCCGCUGGUGUAUCUGGAUGUAAAAGUUGGCCAGGAGAGUGUGGGACGAAUCGUAAUAGAACUGCGUGCGGAUGUUGUACCAAAAACGGCCGAAAACUUCCGGAUCCUGUGCACAGGCGAGCGAGGCGUAGCACCGCGCACGGGAACGCGCCUUCACUACAAGGGCACACCGUUUCAUCGGGUAAAAUCAUUGUUCAUGUCACAGGGUGGAGAUAUCGUCCACUUUAACGGAACCGGUGGAGAGAGUAUCUAUGGUGAAACGUUUGAAGAUGAAAAUUUUGACUUACUGCACGAGGACGGCGCAGUGUCAAUGGCAAAUUUGGGCAAAGCGCAUACCAACAAUUCCCAGUUCUUUAUAACGUCCGGCGAGUGUCCCCAUCUGAAUGGAACGAACGUGGUGGUUGGGUACGUGUUACGGGGCGGCAGUAUCAUCGGUGAAAUGGAGCGCCAUUCAACCGACGACGGGGAUCCAAUCGUACCGAUCAUCAUUGAAGACUGUGGACAGAUCACGCCCGGUGACGAUUGGCGUAUAAACGAUGACGAUGAUAAGGUUGACACAUUACCACCGUUUCCUGAUGAUUGGAACCGAUUUUACGAUGAGUUUACGGUCGAGGAAAUGCUGCAGUACUUGAACGCUAUUCGAAACGUUGGCAAUCAGUACUUCAAGGCGGAUCAAUUCGUGCAGGCAAAUCGGCGGUACAAGAAGGCCGAACGGUACUACAAUUUCUUUACCAACCAACUAAACAAACAGUCACCAAGUCGGGAAGGUGGACAGCGCACGCUGCUGACUGAGUUUCAGUUGGUAAACUGUCUUAAUCAAGCGGUUGUCCAGUUGCGAUUGAAGGACUACACCAGCGUUGUGUACGCGUGCGAUAGUGCCCUUGCCAUCGAUCCGGACAACACGAAGGCACUGUAUCGUCGGGGAAUGGCACAAAACGAGCUGCGUAACUAUGAGCAGGCUCUGGAAGAUCUUAGACGAGCGCUGAAGCGAAUACCGGACGAUCGGUUGAUUCAGACCGAGUACGAGCGCACGCGGAAGAAUCUGCAGGAGUACACGAACCAGCAGCGAAAAGCGUUUGCCAAAAUGUUUCACUAGG